CCUGGGUUCACUCUCUUCUCUCUUCUUUUUCUAAACCUUCAUUCUACAUCUUUCCUAUACUUUUGUACCAUCCAGAGAUUCUAUGCGUAGACACAUCAAACACAAAGAGAAUUGCUUCGACAUUGCACUUCUCUCGGCCUAUCAACCCUUCGUCUCGCUUACUGGUUGCAGGAGCGCACUUCCGCUCUUCCGGCCGAAGCGAUCAAGUGACACCACCUGUUGGUCUCCUUCCGACCCUUUACCAUCUUAACCUUCUACACCCGUGGCCUGGGGACAUGACCGCUGACUUGUACCCAGACCACCUCUUGAAAUAAAGAGGCAACGAUUAACAAGAUGGCAACUCCCGCGCCCUCAAUAGUCCCUGCGCCCACCCCAGCUCCGCUGGCUCCCGCAAUUGUCGCCAAGCCAGCGAUUUCACCGUCUCCCGGACCGGGUACACCCGGAUCCGUCACCUCCAAGGAAUGGGUUAUUCCACCACGUCCCAAGCCAGGCCGCAAGCCGGCGACAGAUACGCCGCCUACCAAGCGUAAGGCACAGAAUCGAGCUGCUCAAAGAGCGUUCAGGGAACGCAGAGCUGCUCGUGUCAAUGAACUCGAAGACCAAAUUAAGAAGAUCGAAGACGAGCACGAUAUUCACGUGGCAGCGCUCAAGGAGCAAAUCUCAAACUUAUCUCAUGAAGUCGAGCAGUGCCGGAAUGAAAUGUCCUGGUGGCGCGACCGAUGCCACGCUUUGGAGAAGGAGGUCUCUGUUGAAAGAAGCGCAAAGGAAGCCCUUGUCAAAGAAUUCCGGUCGUCUCUAUCAGAUAAUAAUGUGCCUGCUGAUAGAGUGCCUUUGACGCGUGUGUCAGCCAGGAACGCUACAAAUGAAAGACCUUCACCGAACAACGCCAACAGCAGUAGUAACCAGGAGGAAGUACCACUUGGCUGUCCUAGCUGUUCUUCAACACACUGUCAGUGUAUUGAAGAUGCCUUUGCAAUGCCGGGCGUUGAGUCAUUGCACUCUAAGCGUCUUGGUGCCGCAGGUCAGGGCCGUUCUGAGCCUGAGAUAAAGCCCGACCCGGAGGAGAUGGAGAUCGACUUUACCACACGGUUUGCGGCACCCCAACCGCAGGAAGACAGCGCCACUGCUGUCUCAUCCCCCGCGGUUGACCCGUGCGGUUUUUGCCAGGACGGCACUCCCUGUAUUUGUGCGGAAAUGGCAGCCCAGGAAGAGCAGCGUCGACAGUCUUUCGAGAAUAAUCGUCUUGCACCUAUUCAGAACCUGUCCCAGUUCACACCGCCGCCAUCUGAUGGCGAUGUUCGCUCUGAAGUUACUUUACCGCCAAUUAGCCAGGCCACCAAUCCUUGUGCGAAUGGACCUGGCACCUGUGCCCAAUGUCUUGCCGACCCAAAAAGUACCCUUUUUUGCAAGACGCUGGCGGCCUCCCGCUCCGCCAGCGUUGCCUCCUCCGGAUGUUGCGGCGGUAAGGGUGCCGACGGUGGGUGUUGCCAGACACGCAAUUCCAACCCUCCCCGUGCUGCCAAUGUCAAACCCACAUCCGGUAGAUCUACGACUCCCUCACUGACACUCUCCUGUGCCGAUGCCUUCACGACAUUGUCACGGCACCCGAACUUCUCCCGUGCUAGCGAUGAAAUCUCCUCGUGGCUUCCUAAGCUUCACACAUUACCGAAUCCAAAAGAUGUUGCUUCACCCGAACGAUGUUCUUCAAGAGCAGCACUAGAAGUUGAGGCAGCGAGCGUAAUGGGCGUCUUACGCUAUUUUGAUCGGAGGUUCGCCGACAAAUAAGGCGUCCAUCCAAUCACCUUCAUGAGUCUAUGUCAUAUAUUUCUUUAAUUCUUUCCCUUCUUUAUGAUACCCAAACUUGACUCACGCGUGUCUGAGUUUGUAUUCUAUAACACCUUUUUUCGAACACUAUGGAGGAUACAAUUUGGCUUCUAAUACAUCUUUGGGCCUUGUAUGUUCUUAAUCCGGCCUCCAUGAUCUGCACUUUGGGGACUACAGAAAGAAGGAGGCAAGAGUUACCCUCUUGCUUCGCUUCUACCCUACUCUUUAAAUUAAACGGAGAUGGGUGGAUGGACACGGUAUGGAACGGACA